AAAAGGUUGACAGAUCAGAUUGAGAUGAACGAGCGUCACAAGUUUGCUGUAGAUGAUGGGGACAACAAAAUUUGCAGAAAAACGCACCCAACUCUUAGUGUCGGGCUGAGAAACAGCUGACUCGUUCGCUUUUCGGUUUCAACCGGCCAAGAAGGAAUCCACCCUUAGUUUUCACUACAAAUCAGGAAAAAUUUUGGGGUCUGAUUCUUGAAGGGUAGGUGCUUUGGGGGUUGGGUCACGAGGUAGACGCACGAGGUAGGCAGGAAGAGUAGAAAAUGACGGACGACCGAGGUGCUCGCACCCUAAGAACUAAGAAGCUAUAAAGUAGCUCCUGCGGAGACUCAUGGGGAUGCACCCAGAAGAGUUUGCAGCGGCACAGACGAUCGGAAUGGCAGCUCAGGCAGGGAGGAAUGAAGUGGUCUGCGUCACCGGAGCGGCCGGAUACGUCGGCUCAUGGCUCAUAAUGAGGCUGCUUGAACAAGGGUUCACUGUCAAGGCUACUGUUCGCGAUCCUGACAAUAUCAAGAAGACCAAGCAUCUCAUUGACCUGCCGCAUGCUAAGGAGAGGCUGACCCUGUGGAAGGCCGACCUCAGCGACGAGGGAAGCUUUGACGAAGCCAUCAGCGGAUGCACCGGAGUUUUCCACGUCGCCACUCCCAUGGACUUCUUGUCCCAAGACCCUGAGAAUGAAGUGAUUAAGCCAGCAGUGAACGGGAUGCUGAACAUCAUGAGGUCGUGCCUCAAGGCGAAGACGGUGAGGCGCGUAGUUUUCACUUCAUCGGCUGGCACUGUUAACAUCCAGGAACAGGCGAGGCCAGUGUAUGAUGAGGAGUGCUGGAGCGAUGUUGAGUUCUGCAGGACCAAGAAGAUGACGGGCUGGAUGUACUUCGUUUCUAAAAGCUUGGCGGAGAGGGCUGCAUGGGACUUUGCCAAAGAACACAACUUAAAUAUUUUAGCCAAUUUGAGAGAAGAUUUAUUCGUCAUAAACAACAUCAAAAGUGGAGAUCUCAGAUCAGUUCAUUUUUCUGCCGAAUCCAUUUCGAAUCAUUGUAUUUGAAUUGUUCUGACAAUGAGUUAUGGUUUGGGGAUUAAAA